AAGCACGAAGUCUUCUGGGCCGCUGUUGUUGGUUAUGGAGACAAUCUGAGAGAGCUGACAGAUGACCUUGGCCCCAAGGAGUACGAGACCAAGACCCGCGGGGAGAGACACAUUGCCGAAGCGCGCCUUGCCGGCAGGGGGAACUACAUCAUCUACGCGCGUACGACCGGCCCUCCGAGCAAGCAUGCGACAUACUUGGCAUACCAACUCAGCCAUCCACAAGAACAAGGGGAAGUCCAGAAGGCGUUGGACAUCUUCCCGAGCUCGAGCUUUGUCCUCCAAGUCAAGAAUCCCACUGUGAGUGCACCUCCCCAGGCCGGGUUGAACCCGCGUGAACGGGCGCAAUAUCCUGAAGAGGUCAUCGAAGCCGAGUUUGGCGGCGAAGGAGAUGGAAAGGGACUGCGGUUCAUUCCGGCGAAUCCGGUCAAGUUGCUGGACUUCAAGGGCGCUGAGAUACUGCUCAUUGCGGACAAGAAGGAUAUCGCCGAAGUGGUGGGGGAGGCGGCGGCAGAGCAGGUCGAGGAGAGUGCGGAGGAGGAAGGGAAGGAGCUGAGCGAACAGAUGGUUAUGAAGGAGCUCAUGAUGGAUGUGGAGAAGUUUACGGCGGAGCCGUUGGAAGGAAUGUGGGCGUGA